CCCACCGCUCUGGCCACUCUGCCCCUGGGGGGACCAGCAGCCGGGCAGCUGCCUCUGCCGCACUCUCGGAGGCAGCGUCCCCCUCCCCGAUUUUCCUGUUUCUCCCUCGCUGUCCAGUUUAUUCUCUCAGUCCCAAGCCUCCCCCUUUAGCUGUACUGGGUUAGUAGUUUUAAAAUGAGCUCUGUCUCAGGACCUCUGGCCUGGGAAAGCCCCGGACUAAUGACAAGUCUCCUCUAGAGACAGAGGAGGUCUGGGGGGAGGGUGGGUGCGGCUGCUGGCAGGUGGUCCCGGGAGGGGCUGCCUGGGCUGGCAUCUUCCCAUCUUCCCAUCUUCCCGGGACUCGCUGCUCCCAGAGGACCCGCCUGGACUGGAGCCCCCGCGGGCAUCUCCCCGCCAGGAAACGCUGCAGUAGAACCGAAAGAGGCCUCUUCCUGGCUGAGAAACGCCUGUGCCCUCGCCCAGGAAAGCCAUGGCCAGCCUGCGAGGGGAUGCCCGCUGCCUGCUCUGGAUGCUGCUGCUAUGGAGUGCGGACCGCGGCUGCUGGGCCCAGAGAGCAGGUUGCAAGAGCGUCCAGUACGACCUGGUCUUCCUGCUGGACACCUCCUCCAGCGUGGGCCAGGGCGACUUCCAGAAGGUGCAGCAGUGGGUGGCCAACCUGGUGGACACCUUCGAGGUGGGCCCCGAGCACACCCGCGUGGGGGUCGUGCACUACAGCGACCAGCCCACCACGGCCUUCGAGCUGGGCCGCUUCCACUCCAGGGAGGCGGUGAAGGCGGCCGCGCGCUCCCUGGCCUUCCACUGCACUGUGGGCGUCGGGGAGGCGCUGAAGGAGGAGCUGGAGGAGAUCGCGUCGGAGCCCAAGUCCGCCCACGUCUUCCACGUGUCCGACUUCGACGCCAUCGACAAGAUCAGGGGCAAGCUGCGGCGCCGCCUGUGCGAGAACGUGCUGUGCCCCAGCGUCCGCGUGGAAGGACAUCGCUUUAAGCACACCAACGGCGGGACCAGGGAAAUCACAGGGUUUGACCUGAUGAAUCUGUUCCGCGUGAAGGACGUCCUGGGGCAGCGAGAGGACGGGGCGCAGAGCUCCUACGUCCGGAUGGGGUCCUUCCCCGUGGUGCAGAGGACAGAGGAUGUGUUCCCCCAAGGCCUGCCUGAUGAGUACGCCUUCGUCACCACCUUCCGCUUCCGGAAGAGCUCGCGGAAAGAAGACUGGUACAUCUGGCAGGUCAUCGACCAGUACGGCAUCCCGCAGGUCUCCAUCCGCCUGGACGGCGAGAACAAGGCCGUCGAGUACAACGCUGUGGGUGCCAUGAAGGACGCCGUCAGGGUGGUCUUCCGCGGCACCCGGGUCAACGACCUCUUUGACCGGGACUGGCACAAGCUGGCGCUGAGCAUCCAGGCCCAGAACGUCUCCCUGUACAUCGACUGCGCGCUGGUGCAGACGCUGCCCAUCGAGGAGAGGGAGAACAUUGACAUCCAGGGCAAGACCGUGAUCGGCAAGCGUCUCUACGACAGCGUGCCCAUCGACUUUGACCUGCAGCGAAUUGUGAUUUACUGCGACUCCCGCCACGCGGAGCUGGAGACGUGCUGUGACAUCCCCUCGGGCCCGUGCCAGGUGACCGUGCGGACCGAGCCCCCGCCCCUGCCCCCACCGCCACCCACCGCCGGCAGCGAGCAGAUCGGGUUCUUGAAGACCAUCAACUGCUCCUGCCCAGCCGGAGAGAAGGGAGAAAAGGGCUCCAGUGGCCCCGUGGGACUGCCCGGCCCGAAGGGCGACAGGGGAGGCCCCGGGCCAUUCGGGGCUCCGGGACCCAAGGGUGAGAAAGGCGACUCGGGCCGGGGACCGUUCGUCCACGGAGAAAAGGGUGAAAAGGGUUCCCUGGGCCCGCCCGGCCCCCCCGGGAGAGACGGCAGCAAAGGCGUGCGGGGGGAGCCUGGAGAGCCGGGGCUGCCUGGCGAGGUGGGCAUGCGGGGGUUCCAGGGCCCGCCUGGACUUCCCGGCCCUCCCGGCCACGUCGGGGCUCCUGGUCUCCAGGGAGAGCGAGGGGAGCGGGGAGCCCGAGGAGAAAAGGGGGAGCGCGGCCUGGAUGGCUUCCCCGGGAAGCCUGGGGAGACGGGGGAGCAGGGAAGGCCUGGCCCUCCUGGCAUGGCCGGGCCCCCCGGAGAGAAGGGCGACGUGGGGCCUGCAGGACCGCCUGGCGUCCCGGGCUCCGUGGUGCAGAGAGAGGGCCUGAAGGGCGAGCAGGGAGCUCCAGGACCACGCGGUCACCAGGGCCCCCCUGGGCCUCCCGGAGCCCCGGGUUUGACCGGCCCAGAAGGCCAGGCUGGACCUCCGGGUCUGCAAGGUCUCCGAGGCAAGAAAGGCGAAGCGGGCGCCCCCGGACUGCCUGGAUCGCUGGGGCCACAGGGCCCCCCCGGACCGCCCGGUGUCCCCGGCCCCCCUGGUCCUGGAGGCCCCGCGGGUUUGCCAGGAGAGAUCGGCUUCCCUGGAAAACCUGGGCACCCCGGGCCGGCGGGGCCGCCUGGGAAGGAUGGGCUGCCCGGACCCCCAGGCCUGCCAGGGCCCAAGGGACAGCCCGGAGACCGCGGGGUGGAUGGCCUGCCUGGGAAGCCGGGCCUGCGGGGCGACGUUGGGGAGCAGGGCCUGGCUGGCCGCCCGGGAGAGAAGGGCCAGGCGGGCCUCCCCGGAGCCCCCGGGUUCCCCGGCCUGAGGGGAGAGAAGGGACAGCAGGGAGAGAAGGGCGGCCUGGGCCUCCCGGGACAGAAAGGCGACCGAGGUGACAAGGGUGAAGCUGGUCCAGCCGGCCCCCCGGGAUUGCCCGGAACACCUUCCUUCUUCACCCCGCACCCCAGGAUGCCAGGAGAGCAAGGACCGAAAGGAGAGAAGGGGGACCACGGCGUGCCCGGGGAGCCGGGCCCCCCUGGGAUCAGAGGCCCCCCUGGGAAAGACGGGGAGCGCGGCGAGAAGGGCCCCCCUGGGAUCAGAGGCCCCCCUGGGAAAGACGGGGAGCGCGGCGAGAAGACGUGGAGACUGAGGCUCCGAGAUGAACUGAUUUGCUGUCACACGGCCUGGCGGCCAGGCUGCAGGAGGCCCCGGGAGCCCUGCCUGGAACAGCGGUCCCUGUGGCUGGUGGGGCCCGACCCGGGGUCCCGCAGCCAGAGCCGCCCCCGGGCUCGGGGCUUCGCGGUGCGGGGACACAGAGCUGGACCAGGUCUGCGAUGCCGAGAGGCCCCUGAGACGGUCAGGCAAGCUGCCCACAGCUGGCCGGUCAGGGUUGUGCACACAGAGGCCUCUCGGCUGAGUGUCAAGGAGCAGCCGGAAGCCCUGGGGCUGCAGCUAGACUUCCCCAUGAGCUCCCAGGUCUGGGGAGCCGGUGAGGUGCAGGGAGACGGCUGCACUUCGGUCCUCCCCCACCAGCAGAGGGUGCUCUUAGCGGGCACGGGGCGGGCGGGCACUCAGCGGGCAGGCAAGGCCUCUCGUGGCUCCAUGACCGUCCUCGUCCCCUUCCCUUCCCAGGGGCCUCGUGGACCGCCCGGAUUACCUGGACCUCUUGGAACCAAGGGGGACCGAGGUGCCCCUGGGAUCCCCGGCUCUCCAGGCACCCGCGGCGACCCGGGCAUCGGGGUUGCCGGCCCUCCUGGCCCUUCCGGACCCCCUGGAGACAAAGGCCCCCCGGGACCUCGAGGCUCGCCCGGAUUCCCCGGCCCCCAGGGCCCCGCUGGCCAGGAUGGCGCACCAGGCAAUCCCGGCGAGAGGGGGCCUCCGGGCAAACCGGGCCCCUCCUCGCCACUCUCUCCCGAGGACGUCCAGCUCCUGGUUAAGGACGUGUGCAAGGACUGCCCCCCGGGCCCCCCGGGCCUGCCUGGCCUGCCGGGCUUUAAGGGGGACAAAGGGCUCCCGGGAAAGCCAGGGCGAGACGGCACAGACGGGAAAGAGGGAGAGGCUGGGCCCAGAGGCCUUCCAGGACCCCCGGGAGCUGCUGGCGCGCAGGGAAGUACAGGAGAGCGCGGAGCGGACGGCGAGGCCGGGCCGAAGGGCGACCAGGGCCGCCCCGGAGUUCCAGGUCUCAUGGGGCCCCCGGGGAACCCUGGGCCACCGGGAGCCGCUGGAGUCACGGGAGCUGCCGGACCGCCAGGCACCCAGGGGCCACCGGGGAAAGAAGGUCCCCCCGGCCCCGAAGGCCCAUCGGGGUUACCCGGAAUCCCAGGAGCAGAAGGCAAAGAGGGCAGGGACGGAAAACCCGGCGCCCCCGGAGAGCCGGGCAAAGCAGGAGAGCCGGGCCUGCCAGGACCAGAGGGUGCCCGCGGGCCCCCCGGCUUCAAGGGACACACGGGCGAUGCUGGCGCCCCCGGCCCCCGGGGAGAGCCCGGGGCCAUGGGGCCCCCCGGCCGGGAGGGGUCACCAGGAAAAGAUGGGGAUGCCGGACCCGAAGGGCUGCCGGGUCCCCAAGGACCGAGGGGCCCACUGGGCAAGAGUGGAUCGCCCGGGACUCCAGGGGACCCCGGCCCCGCAGGAAACCCAGGCCAGAAGGGAAGCAAAGGAGAAAACGGCAGUCCCGGGCUCCCUGGCUUCCUGGGUCCCCGUGGGCCUCCGGGGGAGCCCGGCGAGAAGGGAGCCCCAGGCAAGGAGGGCGCCCCCGGGAAGCCCGGAGCAGCAGGACCCGGAGGAGAGAGGGGAGAUCCCGGCAUCAAGGGUGACAAAGGAGCUCCUGGUGGGAAGGGCCAGCCUGGGGACCCGGGCAUCCCCGGCCACAAAGGCCACACGGGCCUGAUGGGCCCCAAAGGGUCAGAGCCAGAGGGCGAGGCUCCCUCCCUGGACACCCUGCGGCGGCUCAUCCAGGAAGAAGUCGGGAAGCAGCUGGAGACCAAACUCGCCUACCUCAUGGCCCAGAUGCCCCCGGCGCACGUGAAGACUUCUCAAGGCAGACCUGGGCCACCGGGGCCCCCCGGAAAAGAUGGGCUUCCCGGCCGAGCAGGCCCCAUGGGGGACCCGGGACGGCCCGGGCAGGGGGGUCUGGAAGGACCGUCCGGACCCAUUGGUCCCAAAGGUGAGCGAGGAGCCAAAGGUGACCCAGGAACGCCAGGUGUCGGCCUCCGAGGCGAGAUGGGCCCCCCCGGAAUCCCAGGUCAACCUGGGGAGCCCGGCUACGCCAAAGAUGGGCUUCCUGGGGGCCCCGGCCCUCAGGGGGAGACCGGACCCGCUGGACACCCCGAGCCUUGCUGCCCGCCCGGGGAAUGUGAAGGGCCCCUAGAAGAUUCCGGAAGGCCCGGGGACUGCGGUGGAUUUCUGAAACUUGAACUCAGAGCCCGAGGACGUCAGAGAUCUUGAAACAUUUUGGCCACCUGCUUUUCUUCUUUUAUCAUUUGUUUUAUUUUCUCGGGAGACCUCGGUGUUAUUAAAACCAACAGAUGCUGGCGGUCAGUCAGAUUAUUAUUUUUAUUAAUUAUUAUUUUUAUUGCAUUUGUUCAUGCUUUGCGAGUUUUGCUCCCUCUCCUCUGAAGUGGAAACUUCAUUUGGGGGCAGCGGAUUGAGUCUUAGUCCCGACAGCCCGUCGACGGGUGCUGCCCAUGAAGGAACUCCUGGUGCUGAAACCGACCAGCCUCUGGCCAACUUCACCUGUUCGCCCCGAAGGGAACUGGAGAAUGAAUUGGUGCUUCUCUCCUGGCCGAGCCGGAGGCGCCCGGGCACCUUGCCAGGAGGGACAGUGAAGCGAGAGGAACGAGUUUGCAGACCCGUGAAUGCUCUGCCUCCCGCCGGGAGUGCAGAGAGCGGGGAUCCGUUCCAGGCCUCUGCAUGGAAGUGCCACGGGGUCGGCAGUGGCUCGCAGGAUACUGUUUGGACUCGGAUGGAGAGGCCGGUGUGGGGGGAGCAGGCCCUGCCCUUCGAUGCGGAUUUGGUGUCUCAGCCAUGGAAGGACCUGUCCGUGCGAGCGCCUUACUGACCUCACUCACCUGCACUGUAAAGGCAGGCGGCAGCCACUCUGGGCUCUCCUGAGGGUGCAGGUGGGCAGGUGCUGCCGGAGCUGGGAUGGGUGCCUCCCCCGCACCCCUGAACCAGCCUGGGUGUGUGUGUGCGUGAGUGUGCGUGUGCCACGCCGGCCCGCACAGGUGCUCAAUAAAUCUGAUUUCCUGUUCCUCG